AUGACGACGGUACAAAAGAUCAAGGAGAUCGAAGAUGAGAUGAACAAGACGCAGAAGAACAAGGCGACGUCCUAUCAUCUGGGUCAGCUGCGUGCCAAGCUGGCCAAGUUGAAACGCGAGCUCAUCACGCCGUCGGGAGGCGGCGGCGGUGGGCCGGGUAUCGGGUUCGAUGUGGCCAAGACGGGUGUGGCGUCGGUAGGAUUCGUAGGAUUUCCCUCGGUGGGCAAGUCGACGCUCAUGUCCGGUCUGACAGGAACGACGUCCGAAGCAGCAGCAUACGAGUUCACCACGCUCACCUCGGUGCCCGGUACGAUGAAGGUGCACGGUGCGCCGAUCCAGAUCAUCGACUUGCCCGGUAUCAUCGAGGGCGCUAAGGACGGCAAAGGUCGUGGUCGCCAAGUCAUCGCUGUGGCGCGCACGUGCAAUCUGAUCUUCAUCGUGCUCGACGUAGGCAAGCCCUUGCGCGACAAGGCGAUCAUCGAAAACGAGCUGGAAGGCUUCGGGAUCCGGCUGAACAAGAAGCCGCCCAAUAUUGUGGUGCGCAAGAAGGAGAAGGGCGGAAUCGCCAUCACCAACACCGUGGCGCUGACCAAGAUCGACCACGACGAGAUCAAGGCGGUGCUGUCCGAGUACCGCAUCAGCAAUGCCGACGUGUCGUUCCGCCAGGAUGCAGGUAUCGAGGAGCUCAUCGACGUGAUCGAGGGCAACCGCAUCUACGUACCCGCCAUCUACGUGCUCAACAAGAUCGAUUCAAUCAGCAUCGAGGAGCUCGACCUGCUCUACAAGAUCCCCAACUCGGUGCCCAUCUCGUCGCAGCACUGGUGGAAUGUGGACGACGAACUGGUGGAGAAGAUGUGGCAGGAGCUGUCGCUCGUGCGCGUCUACACCAAGCCGCGCAAGGCGACACCGGACUACUCGUCGCCCGUCGUGCUCAAGACCGGAAGGUCGACCGUCGAGGACUUUUGCAACGCCAUCCACAAGGAGAUCAUCAAGCAGUUCAAAUUCGCCAUGGUCUGGGGCAAGUCCGCCAAGCACCCGAGGGGUCAGCGUGUAGGUGCGGACCACGUGCUCGAAGACGAAGACUGCGUCACCAUCUUCAAGCGCUAG